AUGGGCCACAAGGCGCUCGCCACUGAGCCCCACCCCCAGGCCUGGUUCCAGGAGGGUCCCGGUGACCCAAGUCCGGGCGAGGAACACGGAAAACCAUUUGACUCUGAAUCUUUGGACCGCUGCAUCCAGACUACUCUGUCGUCCCUCUACCCGCCGUUCCAGGUCACGUCCUCCACGGUGCUCUGUCAGGUCCUCAGCGUGGUGGAGAGCUGCUACAGAGGAGACGGCCUUCGCUACCUGAUCCACUUCCUGCUGCCAGCAAAGCAAUUCUUAGAGACCCUUCAGCAACAUGCCUGCUUGCAGUACUGUGGUUUGUUAUUUAGUCAUGAAGGCUGGCCUCUGUGCGUCCAUGAGAAGAUAGUGGUGCAGCUUUGUCCUCUGGACCAGCGCCUCCUCCGUCCAGGAGACUUCUACCUGCUGGUUUCUGCUCCUGCUUCUCCUCUUCGCCCCCGAGCCCCCAGCGCCUCCUGCAAGAGCGGCGUCGCCUCCUCCUCCUCCCCCCGCCUGCUGGUGUGCAGCGUGUCGGCCGGCGGCCAGCAUGUGGAGCAGCAGGAGGUGUCGGAGUUAGCCCUACGGUCCCUCUUCAGCAUGGCCUGGCUGGACUCAGUGAACCGGGAGCGGGAGCAGCGAGGAGCGUCCCGGCUGGAGCGCUGCCUCCUCUCAGCACACGGAGACGUCUUCAGGGUCCCGUGGGAGGACCUGGUCUACCCGCAGUUCAGCAGCCGGCCCAGGACCGCCCUGGGAGAGGACAACAAGCCCCCCGUUAAGGAUGGAGAAAUGUUCAUCAAUGUAGAUCCAUGUAGAGACACCGACGCCACGGGACAGGAAGUAAAGCUCCUCCCAUCCUCUGUAAGAACUGAGCGAUCAGCAGCGAGCAGCGACGGAGAGGACUCAGAGGGAGAAUACGUGGAGCUGCUGGAGCUUCCUCUGCCUCGCUUCUCCCCUCAGAAAGGCUCCUUGACCCAGUCCAUCAGUCUGCAGCUCAGAACCCGCAGCAACACGAACACACACACACACUCUGCUGCAGCCACACACACACCUGAGAACACACACACACCUGAGAACACACACACACACUCUGCUGCAGCCACACACACACCUGAGAACACACACACUCCUAAAGCUCCUCCCACACACUCCUCCUGGUCGAGUGUGGAGGUCGGCUCCCAGACUGGACUCUGCUCCAGACUCAUCGAGGAGAACUUCAACCAGGACUCUUGUCGACCCGUCAUCCUCACCCCCGUCUCCUCCUCCUCCUCUUCCUCCUCUGCUCCUCCUCGAGUCAUGGAGACCUCCAGCUGGAUGUCGAAUGAGCACAUAGAAGGUUCCAGUCCUGAGACGCUUCCUGUCCAGUCAGACAUUGGUGUGUGUUCUGCUCCCAGUCCAACAGAACCAGAACAGCCAGCAAACCAGUCAGCUGCUCCCACAGUCCCAGUACAAGCCUCCCAGUCCUCCCAGUUCUCCCAGUCUUCCCAGGUCUCCCAGGUCUCCCAGUCCUCCCAGUCUUCCCAGGUCUCCCAGUCCUCCCAGUCGUCCCAGUUCUCCCAGUCUUCCCAGGUCUCCCAGGUCUCCCAGUCCUCCCAGUCUUCCCAGGUCUCCCAGUCCUCCCAGUCCUCCCAGUCCUCCCAGUCCUCCCAGUCCAGCUUCCACAGUGUGCUGCUGAGGUCUGGAGCUCUCUGUCUGCCUGGAAUCAGAGACAGGAGUGGACGUCCUCUGCUGACCGUCUGCACCUCCAGCUCCGUCUGGUCCAACCCGGACUGCGACAGCGCCGAGCUGCUGCGCCUCCUGCUGUACUACUCCUCCACUCUCAGGAAGGACGUGCGAGUGCAGGGGCUGACGGUGCUGGUGGAUGCGCGUAGAGCUGCUCCGGUCCCGGCUCUGUUCUCCGCUCUCCGCUCGCUGCAGGACAACAUACCAGGAUCGAUCCACACUGUGUUACUGCUGGUUAACAAGGACUCGUCUCUACGUCUGGACAAACCUGCAGCUGCACAGGUGGAGGUGUUGAGCUCUCUGAAGUCUGUGCAGAAACACGUGGAUCUCCGUCAGCUUCCUGUAGAGUUCGGAGGUUCCUUCAGCUUCAGUCAGAGCAGCUGGCUCUGCUUCAGAUCGAGAGUGGAGCAGCUGACCAAUCAGUGUGAAGACGUCAUCAACCUGCUGCAGAAAACCAUCAACAUCCUUCAGUCCACACCUCUACCUGCUGCUGCUGAGGAGGCGGAGCUGCUGCUGUCCAGGUACAAGGCUGUGAUGCGUAGUAUCCUAGAGGACAGCCGAUUGGUCCAGCUGCAGCAGGAGGGCGGGGCCUUGCUGUCUCGGCUCCGCAGGGAGGAGAGCGGCAUCAGCGUGACGGAGGACUACCGAGCGCAGGUGGAGGCGGUUUCCUGUCUGUACGAGCAGGUGGACGAGCUGCUGCACCGCCUGGUGACGCUGUCCAACGCCAGGACGCAGCAGCUGCAGCUCGUCUCUGAGUUCAGGAGUCUGGAGGACGGAUUCACCGAGGUGAGGUCCUGGCUUCAGGAGGUCGGUGAGGUUCGUCUGAAGAGUCUCGAGGAGUCGGAGGAUUCUCUGGAGCUGCUCAACAAGAAACAGCAAGACUUCAAAGAGUUCUACACAACUGCUUAUGAGCGGUGUAAACGGGGCGAGGAGCUGCUGAGCCGCGUGGAGCGCUGGCAGGACUCAACGUCAGCUGACCUGCGUCACUACGAGGUCAAAGUUCACUCGUUCUGGGCUCAGCUUCAGGACUUCUCUCAGCGGGUCAACGUGACGGGCCAGAACAUCGACCGGGCCGUCGCUCUCUACAGCUUCUUAGACCAGGCGUAUGGCUGGGCGUUGGAGGGCAUGCGACACCUAGCCGGCAUCAGUAUGGAGGAAUGCACGCUGCCAGACAAAUGCCAGGCUGUGAUUGGCUGCCUGGAGGAAUACCACCGCCAGCACCCGCCAAUCCCAGACGGCCGUUUCCAGGAGAUGAAGGAGGCGGCGGGGGGGCUGCGGGGGGAGCGAGGCCUCCGUCAGUGGAGCUUCGCCUGGUCCAAAUGUCAGGAGACCAAGAAGAUGUUCGACAGGAAGAUGGAGGCGGCGCGGCGGACCCGAGACUCCGCCCACAGACGACGCUCUGACUCCGCCCACAGCAGAGGCUCCACCCCCCUCAGCAGGAGGACCCUAUCAGGGCUCUGGAUGGGCCGGGAGACCCCCUCCAGCCCCCCCGAGGACAGCGUCACCUCCUCCCCCGCCUCCUCCUGCCCCUCCACCCCCCCCGUCUCCUCAGACGAGGCGUCGGACCUCUGCACCCCCCGCCUCCCCCGCCUCCACUCCUCCGCCAGCCUCGCCCCCUCCUCCCCCUGCUCCUCCACCUCCUCCUGCUCCUCCUUCUCCUCCGGCAGGCGGCAGCAGCUGAGGAAGACGCAGAGCUUCGACUGCCCCUCCACCCCGGACUCGUCCCGGUACGGUCCGUGCCCCCGGGCUCUCAGCGAGCCGGUGAGACGAGGGAACACGGGCGUGUUCAUCCGCGGUCUGGAGGUCAGCAGCUCGGAGGCGGCCGACCACACGCUCUGCCCCAGGACGCCUGUUCACGGCUGGGCUGGACCAGGACCACGCAGCCCCGGGACACCAGGGACCCCCAGGAGCACCGGCAGCCCUGCAACAGACCCCCGACCCAGAGGAAGUAAGCUGCGUCACAUCGUGGAGGAGAUGGUGACCACGGAGCGAGAGUACGUGCGCUCCCUGCGUUACAUCAUCCAUCACUACUUCCCAGAGAUGGACCGGGCCGACCUGCCCCAGGACCUCCGGGGGAAGCGGGUCGGGGUCUUCGGGAACCUGGAGAAGCUUCUAGACUUCCACAGUCAGUUCUUCCUCAGAGAGCUGGAGGCCUGCUGGAAGCACCCGCUGAGGGUCCCGCACUGCUUCCUCAGACACCAGGAGCAGUUCAGCCUCUACGCUCUCUACAGCAAGAACAAAAAGAACAAACCAAAGUCUGACUCUCUGCUGGCCAAUCACGGACACUCCUUCUUCAGGAGGAAGCAGGUGGAGCUGGGGGAUAAGAUGGACCUGUCCUCGUACCUGUUGAAGCCGGUCCAGAGGAUGAGUAAAUACGCUCUGCUGCUCACGGACCUCAUGAAGGAAGUGGGCGUGGCUCAGGAGGCGGAGCUUAUGGCUCUGCAGGCCGCCACCAACAUGGUCAAGUUUCAGCUUCGCCAUGGCAACGACCUGCUGGCCAUGGACGCCAUCCGCAACUGUGAUGUGAACCUGAAGGAGCAGGGUCAGCUGAUCCGCCAGGACGAGUUCACUGUCUGGACCGGGAGGAGGAAAUGUCAGCGCCACGUCUUCCUGUUCGAGGAGCUCGUUCUCUUCAGUAAACCCAAGAAGAUGGAGGGAGGGCUGGACGUGUUCAUCUAUAAACACUCCUUCAAGACAGCAGACGUGGGUCUGACGGAGUCGUCGGGGGACAACGGGCUUCGCUUUGAGAUCUGGUUCAGGAGGAGGACGAUUAAGAACCAGACCUUCAUCCUUCAGGCCGCCGCCGCAGACGUUAAACACGUCUGGACUACCGACAUCGCCCGAAUCCUCUGGAACCAGGCCACCAGGAACAAAGAGAUGCGUCUGAAGGAGAUGGUUUCUAUGGGAGUUGGUAACAAACCGUUUUUGGACAUCCAGCCGAGCGAUGCAGCCAUCAGCGACCGAGCUGUUCACUACAUCAUGAAGAGCAGAGGUGCCAGAACUCGAGCAUCCAUCGCCGUCUCUGUCUUCGAUCACUCCAACCCUUUUAAACGUGGAACGGUGACCUCUGACCCCCAUUCAUCAGGACCCUCCUCCUCCUCCACCCUGCUGGGACCCCUCAACCUGCACAUGUACAGUCAGUCCCUGGCCUCCUCCUCCUCCUCGGCUGCUGAAGGCUCCUUCAUCACAUCGUGUAUUGAGGAAGACGAGCAGGAGCAUGAGACGGGCAGUCAGCCCUCCAUGACCACAGAGAGUUCAGACUCUUCGUCUCGGUGUCUCUCCGGCUCCACCGGCUCUGACAGCGGCUGCGUCUCCUCUCACCUGCAGGAGGCGCUGCCUGAGGAGCCCAGCCCCACCGGCCAGCCCUCUUGCUCCUCCUCUUCCUCCUCCUCCUCCAACAAACUGCACCUCAACAGCCAGCACAUUUCAUCUAAAGCGUCUCCAGUCAUCGGCCCGGCAACCAUCGUGUGAGUCAGCUGACCUGAUGGACUCAACAGUUCGUCUCCUUCCUGCUGCAGUUUGGAGUUUUCCGACCGUGUGAAUCAGACCCUGAAGGCAGCGUUUAAACAGCACUGUUAAACUAAACUUAUAUUUUGUAUGAUUUUUUCUCAGCUGUGAUUAAACGUGUUUUAUUUAUGUUGUUCUGCUGCAGACGAGUCGAGUCUGUAAAUAAUGUUCUAACGUUGAGCUCUGUAGUUUGACUCCUCAUGCUGGUCCAGAGUCAGUCUGCCGGCAGCUGGUCCAGAGUCAGUCUACCAGCAGCUGGUCCAGAGUCAGUCU